AAAACAGAAAUAGCUGCCUGAUGGAGAUCUCGGUGGGUAGCCCUCAGCGGUGGAGAUAGCCCUAAAUUCUCUAUAUAAAGCACCCGGAGCUAAAUAUAUCCAUCAGAGCUAGUCUCCAUGGCAAAUCCAAGUAUUGUUUCCAUGGCUGUCAUUGCACUAGUUCUUGGAGUCCUCAUAGCAACCCCAACAAGGGUACAAUCCAUUGGUGUUUGUUAUGGAAUGGUUGGAAACAACCUGCCUAAGCCAAGUGAUGUAGUGAAUCUCUACAAGUCCGAGAAUAUCGACGCAAUGAGACUUUACGGUCCAAGCCAAGCUGCUCUCCAGGCUCUAAAGGAUUCCAACAUCCAACUCAUCUUAGAUGCCCCCAAUCCUGAUCUACGAUCAUUCGCCUCUAACCCUUCAGCAGCCAAUGACUGGGUCCAAAAAAAUGUGAAGGCCUAUUACCCAGGUGUUUCAUUUAAAUACAUUUCAGUUGGCAAUGAAGUGAUCCCUGGAGAUCAUGCUCAGUAUGUUCUCCCCGCCAUGAGAAACAUCUUCUCAGCUUUGUGCUUGGCAGGCCUCCAAGACCAAAUCAAAGUCUCAACUGCUGUUGCCACUGGGGUCCUUGGGACGUCAUAUCCUCCCUCAGCUGGUGCAUUCUCUUCUAAUGCACUAAAUUACUUGAGACCAAUACUUGGAUUUUUAGCUAGCAGUGGAGCCCCACUACUAGUCAAUGUAUACCCUUAUUUCAGUUAUGUAGGCAACCCCAACAACAUCAAUAUUGAGUUUGCCUUGUUUACUUCCCUGGGAACCUUUGUAAUGGAUGGACAACAUAGAUAUCAGAACCUCUUUGAUGCAAUAGUGGAUGCAGUUUACUCGGCAAUGGAGAAGGAAGGAGGGUCUAAUGUGCCGAUCGUGGUGUCGGAAACUGGUUGGCCGUCCGCUGGUGGUGUUGCAGCAAGUAUCAACAAUGCAAAGAUAUAUAAUCAGAAUUUGAUUUGGCAUGUUGGUCAAGGUACACCAAAGAGACCUGGGAGGGCAGUAGAGACUUUCUUAUUUGCCAUGUUCAAUGAGAACCAGAAGCCGGAAGGGAUAGAAAAAAACUUUGGGCUCUUUUACCCAAGCAAGCAGCCAGUCUACCCAAUCAACUUCGCUUAAUCCAGAACUAUACACAAGUAAUAGUAUCUAGAAUAAACCCCUGGAAGCAGGGGUGUUUUCAUCACUUCCCUCUUUGACAAUAUUAUUUGGCAUAAUGGCCAUCUAGCUUGGAAAGUUUGAGAAAUAAAAAUAUGUCAUGCGACUUAUUUUCAAUCACAUAUUCUGUUGAAAUGUCA